AUGCCUGUACCAGACUUUCUGGAGGAGCCCCUAACCCUUUACGAGAUCGCCGAACAGUAUUGGGACUUAAAAGCGUAUCCGACACAGUAUGUGUUUUCUCUUCUAGCGUCGAUAUCGCAAGAUAAGUUAGAGAGGGAUAAAUGUAUAGAACUCGGUUCGCCUGGAGGACAGGAGGAGUGGUUAAAUUAUUGUAGACGACCCAAAAGGACUAUUUUAGAAGUUCUGCACGAUUUUCACAAAACUGCUUCAAAGCUAACCAUAGAGAUUUUAUUCGAGCUAUUCUCCACCAUAAAGCCGCGAUCAUUUUCCAUCGCGAGUAGCGCUAUACCGUCAGAUGGUCGCUCACUCGACCUUUUAGUAGCUGUUGUGAAAUACAAUACAAAACUUAAGAAGCCGCGGCUUGGCUUGGCGUCAAAUUGGCUCAAGGAUUUAAAUGUUGGGAAUAAUGUCUACGGAUGGAUUAAAAAUGGCACUUUCACAUUUCCAGAUGACAAGAAUAUUCCCCAUAUCCUGAUUGGUCCUGGUACAGGGUUAGCACCAUUCAGAAGUCUCCUGCAGGAGAGAAUAGCGCGAGAUGCUGCGUCGAGCAAUAGCUUCCAUCUGUUCUUCGGUUGCCGAUACAAAGACAGAGAUUUCCAUUGCAAGGAGGAAUUGGAAAAGAUGGUAAAUGAUGGGAAAUUGACGCUGUAUUGCGCUUUCUCUCGGGACCAGGAGAACAAAAUAUACGUGCAACACAAAAUAUGCGAACAUAGACAUGCGUUAUGGAAGCUUGUGAAGCAAGAAGGCGCCUUCAUAUUUAUAUCUGGCAACACUAAAAACAUGCCGGACAACGUGCGGGAUGCGUUCGUCGAGGAUGUGUUUAAUAAAGCCGGCGGUUUAAGUCUCGACGACUCCAGAGAAAUGUUACGCAAAAUGGAGAAAACAGGCAAAUUGCAAGUGGAAACUUGGUGA